AUGGAUACCCUGAACUAUACCACAACUCCUUUAGAAGCACCGGUCAUUGUGCCUACCACUGUACAUUCUCACCCCGCCUUCAAGAUCUUCGCAGUUUUAGUGAUUGCCUCUUUGAUUCGGUGCCUGGCAUUCGGUGCAGAGGGAAACGCCCAAGUCCACGCUCCCAUCGUGGGUCCGAAGGACUCGAUCCGGGCAAGAUGGCAGUUUUUUCGAAAUGCAUCAAGACUUGUGAAUGAGGGGUAUGACAAGUACAAGAAUAGGAUCUUCAAAUUGUCGGGACACGACAUCCUGGUCAUCCCAAAUAAAUAUGUAGCCGAGCUGAAGAACAUGCCUGAUGAGCAGCUGAGCUCAAUUCAGGCAAACAUCGACAACUUCGAAGGCCUCUACUCCACCACCUCCAUCCUCCUGGAAGGGAACUUGCAUACUCGUACGAUUCAAGCCCGGUUAACGCCUAGACUUCGUCACCAUGUUCCGGUGGUUCAAGAGGUAUUGGGAAGAGCUUUUCCGAAGGAGCUUCCGGCGACCAAAGAUGGCUAUACCAGCGUUAAGGCUUUCCAUCUAGUCCUCCGUCUCGUCUCGUUCAUUGCAGCCCGACACUUUGUCGGCCCGUCGCUGUGUGAAGAUGAGGAAUGGCUGUCGACCGCUCUCACCUAUACCGAGAAUGCAUUCAAAACGAUCAUUAUUCUGCGAAUCUUCCCCGACUGGGCCAAGCCCGUCGUUUCUCUUCUUAUUCCCUUUUCAUACAAGGUCACCUGGGCUUUGAAGAAGGCUCAACGCAUUAUUGUUCCUCUGAUUCUAAAGCGACGCGAGGCGGAGAAGAACAAUCCCAACUACGAGAAGCCAGAAGAUUUCCUGCAGUACAUGAUGGACGGCGCCAACGAGUUCGAUGGACGGCCUGAUAAGCUCGCUCAUCGUCUGCUGAUUUUAACUCUUGCAGCUGUUCACACUACGUCUAUGGCUGCGACACAGACGUUGUUUGACUUGUGCGCUCAUCCGGAGUACAUCGAGCCACUGAGACAGGAGGUGAUAGAGGUGCUGGAGAGAGAGGGUGGCUACAAAAAACAAACCUUAACGCAUUUCCAGAAAUUGGACAGCUUUAUGCGAGAGUCGCAGCGACUGAAUCCGCCUAGUUUACUUGGAUUCAAACGCGCCGUCCGCCAACCCUUGACGCUGUCGGAUGGUGUCUAUCUGCCAAAGGGGGUGCAUCUGAUGAUGCCCGUCUACCCGAUUGUCGUCGACCCUGAAGUCACUCCAGAUCCUUAUACAUUCGACGGAUUCCGACAUUUGCGCAAUCGCGAGCGACCGGGAGAGAGCACCCGACACCAGUUUGCAACGACGAGCGACAAUAACCUGCAUUUCGGACACGGCAAGUAUUCAUGUCCGGGACGGUUUCUAGCCGGAAACUCAAUCAAGAUGAUUCUCUCGAAUAUAUUACUACGGUAUGACUUUAGGUUUCCCGGAGGUUCGACGGAGAGACCACGUAACGUGCAUUUGCAUGAAUACGUGUUUCCGGAUCCGGAGGCCCAAAUCGAGUUUAAACUAAGAGAGGAGAAAUCUCAGUGGAUUCUUUGA